GUUUUCGCUAAUCGAAGGUCUUUCUCUGCGUUCGAUUAUUUCCAGCAUCGACUUCUCUGGUCUGGAUGUGUCCAGCUGUAGCAAUGGCCGCAGUGGAGACAGGAGAGGCUUCGAAAAACAGCAGCGAGCCGGCCGCGGGAUAUGAGAAGAAGUGUAUUUUCUGUAGGAUCGUGAACAAUGAAAUGGGGACGGAGCUGCUGCACAGCGAUGAGGAGAUCUCGUGUUUCAGAGACAUCAAACCUGGAGCUCCACAUCAUUACCUGGUGGUACCAACUAAACACGUGGGAAACGGCAAGUCACUCAGUAAAGAGCACGUGCCGUUAGUGAACCGGCUAGUGGACAUAGGGAAGGAGAUCCUUCAAAAAAACAACGUGACAGAUCUCUCUGAUGUCAGGUUUGGUUUUCAUUGGCCGCCCUUCUGUUCGGUGACUCACCUGCACCUUCAUGUCCUCGCACCUGCCAGCCAAAUGGGCUUCAUGUCUCGGCUCAUCUUCAGACUAAACUCCUACUGGUUUGUCACUGCAGACCAGCUGAUUGAAAUUAUCUCAUCUAAAGGAGACACUAACUGAUGGCUUGGAUCACAUUACUCCACCUUGAAUAUUUUUGAAACAUAGGAUUUACUUGAGAUAUUCCAUUUUAUUAUUUUAGCUUAUAAUAAUACUGACACUUUGAAAGAUUUCAAUUGAAUGUAUGUCUUUAAACUGUAUGGAAUGUUUUCACGAUGAUAUGAUUAAAAUAAAUUAUUCUACUGAGAUAAA